AGAAACUACCAGAUAAUUGUAUAAAGUUUAUAAUGGACAGCAAUAUUAAAAGAAAACUCUCCUACGUUUAUAUAUUCGCCACUUCUCCCGCUAAUCCUCUAAACAAUCUUCUCCUUCUUUCUCUCAUUUACAGGCUCUUUCAUGGAUAGUUACCUCUCUAAUCAAGCGGCGCUCUCGUUUCCCCCGACGCGUUCGAGGAGACAGAGAGGCGGUAGAAGCGGCUUUGUUCUUCCUGCGAUGCGCAAGGUCCAGUAUAGACCGAUGGUCAUGGUUGCCAGGGCGGGACAGAACAGCUACUGGCCUGGAAGCAGCCUUAACGCGCCGCUUAAACCCCGAACGUCGCAGGGGAGGUUUCUGAUACGCCUGUUGCUAAACAAGCGGCACCUCUUUCACUAUGCUGCUGCUGAUGAGCUCAGGUUACUGGCAGAUAACCGUGAAGCCGCUUUAGCUCGUAUGUCUCUCAGCUCUGGUUCCGAUGAAGCUUCUCUCCACAGAAGGAUAGCUCAGCUCAUGGAACGUUACUGCAAAACAGCAGUCCAAGACAUAAUGUACAUGUUAAUACUCUACAAAUACUCUGAGAUAGGAGUCUCUCUCGCUCCAAAGCUCUCUAGAUGCAUCCACAAUGGAAGACUCGAGACAUGGCCUAAGAAAGACCUGGAGCUGGAGUCAAUCCACAGCUGCGAUGCCCUUGAGCUCAUCAAAGAACACGUAAACGCAGUCAUCGGAUUACGUGCCAACUCAUGUCUGAAAGAAAAAACACAGAUACAGAAACUACAUCUCACGAAGGUAUACGUUGCCUCGAUCUUGUGUGGUUACUUCUUGAAAUCUGCUUCCCUCAGACACCAACUCGAGUGUUCCUUACCGGAUCUGCACGGAAGCGGAUAUGUGAACGGUCCUAUCUUAGUAUCCACCAAGGAGCAUCUGAGACAUUACAUCACAGGGUUCGACCCCGAGACAAUGCAGAGAUGUGCCAAACCAAGGACAGUGGAAGCAAGGAGUCUGAUAAAGAAGCAAUGUUUGGCUCUUUUUGGCAUGGAGGAUAGCGAUGAGACCAUUCUGACAUCGUAUUUGAGUCUGAAGCGGUUGGUUUUGGAAGCUGUGGCGUUUGGGACGUUUUUGUGGGAUACUGAGUUGUAUGUAGAUGGUGCAUAUAAGCUCAAUGAGAAUGCAGAAGAACAAGAAAAUAGAAGUAUAUGAACCAAAAAAGAGAAUCUUCAUGAUCCUUUGGUUGGUGCCAAUCUCUUGAGGCAAUUCUUUAGUGUAAACUGUAUAGCCGAAUAAAAAUGUGGUGGUUUAGGAAACAAUGGCUGGAAGUGACUAGUUAUUCUCAAAAAGAUAUGUUGAACAAAAAAAAAUAGUUAUGGGUGGAAUGAAAACAGGGGAUGAUCAAGGAAAUUAAA